CUAAAAUCGAUUUCACUCGGUAACCCCUAUUUUCUUUCCUAUUCAUCAACCACAACAAGCUCACUCUCCCUAGAGAUGGACUUUCAAGUGGUGGUAUUGGCAGGAGGCUCUUCGAAGAAGCUUCUCCCUCUUGUUUCCAAGGACGUUCCCAAAUCGCUACUCCCAGUGGCAAACCGUCCAGUCCUAUCGUAUGUUUUGGAGCUUUUGGAGCAGAGUAAUCUCAAAGAUCUCAUCGUUGUGGUAGAAGGGGAAGAUACAGAUGGUCUUAUUGAAAACUGGAUAUCAGAGGCUUAUGUUGAUCGGUUGCAUGUUCAGGUCGCUGCUGUCCCUGAAGAGGUUGGAACAGCUGGUGCUCUUCGGGCAAUUGCUCUUCACUUGACUGCAUCUGACAUCCUGGUUGUGAGUGGCGAUCUUGUUUGCGACAUAUCUCCUGGGGCAGUGGCAGCUGCUCAUAGACGACAUGAUGCAGUAGUAACUGCAAUGUUUUGUUCUGUACCUGUGACUGGGCCACCAGAGUCAGGCUCUUCCGGUGGAAAGGACAAAACAAAGAAACCAGGAUGUUAUAAUAUUGUUGGCCUGGACCUGACUCAACAAUUUCUUCUAUAUAUAGCAGCAGGUAUGGAAGUUGAGAAAGAUAUUAGAGUUCAAAAGAGCAUCCUUAGUGCUGUAGGGAAGAUGGAAAUUCGUGCUGAUCUAAUGGAUGCUCAUUUAUAUGCAUUCAAAAGGUCUGUUCUUCAGGAAGUUCUUAACCAAAAGCAAACUUUCAGAAGCUUAAAGCAGGAUGUGCUGCCUUAUCUUGUUAAAACUCAGCUGAGGUCCGAAAUACUAUUGAAUGGAGCACAAGCUGAAGAAAAUGGGAAUGAGAAGGAUGCUUUUAAUAACAAUAAAGUAAUGCUGUCUCAGCUUCUGGCUAAUGCAUCUACUCCAAGUUUUCAUGAACUCUAUGCCUUGGGUCCUAAUGGUUUUGCGCCAGCUGAGAGGAAAACUCAUAAAUGCUGCGUUUAUAUUGCCAGCAAGAGCAAAUAUUGUGCACGACUAAAUUCUAUUCAAGCGUUUAGUGACAUUAACCGAGAUGUCAUAGGAGAUGCAAGUCACAUAUCUGGAUGUUCGUUCUCUGCGCACAAUAAUGUUAUUCAUCCAUCAGCUGUUCUUGGCUCAAAAACUACAGUUGGACCACAAUGUAUGCUGGGGGAAGGUUCACAAAUGGGCGACAAAUGCAGUGUAAAACGAUCUGUUAUUGGCCGCCAUUGUCGGAUAGGAUCCAAUGUAAAGGUUGUGAAUUCGGUCAUUAUGAAUCAUGUUACAAUUGGAGACGGGUGUUAUAUUCAAGGAUCGGUUAUUUCCAGUAACGUACAGCUCCAAGAGCGUGCUGUACUCAAGGAUUGUCAAAUUGGUGCGGGUUUUGUGGUUACUGCUGGCAGCGAGUACAAGGGGGAAGCAUUGGCAAGGAAAUAGAAACAAAAACCUCAUUUUCACCUUCAGGUUCAAUUCAGCUUAUCCAUGCUACAUGAAACCAUAAUCAUCUGUUGUGUAAUGAAGCAAAGCUUAUGAUGUUUUGGUGAUAAUUUUUCUAGGUUUUGAACAGUUUAGCGAGUAAAGUCCAAUUUUGUGAACAGAUUUUUUUUUCUCUUCUUUCUGUUAACUUGUUGCCAUCCAAAUUCUAACCCUGGUAUCUUAUCGAGUAUCGACAUGACUUGAAAAUAUUAGCGAUUGUGAUCAUUUGAGCAA